CACAUUCCCUACAUUAGCUUUUGUUGGAUCAAUCAACAAAGGGGAAAACGAGUUAGUUAUUGUUGUUCCUCCAAAGUUUGUUUAGUCAAUACUCAUUGAUCCAGUUCCCGGCACAAUUCCCCCAUAAGGUCCAAAGGAAGACAAUCCAGAAUUAAAAAUGGAAGGGGAUCGGGGUGGGACCGAGUUCCGGGAACGCGGUUCCAUCUUUAAACAAAUGGGCGAGAUGAAGAAGAAGAUCCAGUUAGUGGAGGGUGAACGGAAAGCCAUCUUUGAGGAUUGUGAGAACGAGAAGACCGAGAACAAGGAGAAAAUGCGCAAACUCAAGGAGGAAAUCCGAGAUCUUCAGAAUGGUCUCCAAGAUUCUACCAGUUCCAGUGAGGCACUCCUGCGUCAUGUUCAAGACCGGAAAUAUUUGGAUACAAACGCUCUCAAAAGGAAAACUGGCGACGAUGCCGUAGAAACCCUAGAUUACAAAGUGGCUGAUCUUCGGAAGCAAUUGGACAAGUUGAAGUUCAAAACAAAACAGAAAACAACCAAGAUUGACCAACUUCUUCGAGAGUAUGCCAAAGUUGUGGCCAUGAAGAGCGAAACGGAGCGUUCCGAAGAUUUACUCGAGGACUCUGAAGACGGCCAAAGGUUACGUUUCCUUGAGAAUGAGAUCCAUAAGACUAACUUGAAACUAAUGGAAGGGGAAACCAUCAAGAAGAAAUACAACACGAUUUUGGACAUGCUGAAGAAAGAGCGGCUAACGUUUGGCAACCAACUUGAGAAUCUGGAGGGCACUCUUAAGAAGCAAGACGACGAGAUUGUCAAACUGAAGAAAACCCACCAAGCUUCCAUUGUGACACGGGAUUUGGCGAGGCAAAAUCAGCACAAGAAGGAGGUGGCCUUACUCUCUGAAGGGAGAGAGCGCGAGCGGCGUCUGAUCGAGUAUCGCAAAACCGCAGAGGACCGCAAGAACUACUUUGAGAGCAUGGAGAGGCACAUGUUUGCCAGCAAAACGUCCGUCAAGGAAACAGGUCGGGAGUCCAUAAGCACAUCCGACCAUGCCCACUCUCGAGAUGACGGGCGUGGCUCAGAGGAGGGGGAUCGCAAUUCUUUAAUGGGAACAUCAGGCACUGACGAUGUGAAGGAUGAGCAAUAUGAGGAGGCCUUUGGGCGCAUGAAAAAGGCCGCCGGGGUCUCAGACAUCAAAGAGGUGGUUCAUCGGUUCGAGACUCAAGAGGAGACAUCCAAGCAUCUACAUGAACUCCAGACUCGGGCCGAGAAGGAGAUCCGAGAUUUGGGCGCAAUCAAGGAGAAACUGGAGGCUGAGUGGGAAGUGGUUAAAUUCAUGGGACAGGAAGAAAACACCGAGUUGAGGGACAAGAUGGAGGAUUUGGAGGAGAAGAUUGCGGAUGAGCAAUCGCGGAAGAAAUCAGCGGAGGAGAAGCUUCAAUCCCGCAACAAGUUACUUGUCGGCAUACGGGAGGGUCUGGACCGACUCACCGAUAAACUGUUCUUGUUCGAUCCCCAUGCCCCGCCCGUGACAAGGAAUUCUAUUGAGCUCUUGUCGGUAGCACAAGCGCGAUUGAAGGAGCUCAUGGAUGAUUUGGACGAGGUGGACUUGUUUGGCAAGAAAUUGGAAAUGGACGAAGAGGAGUUUGUUCCAGUGGGGCUCGUUCCCGAGCAAGAGGGCGACGAUGAACAAGAUGACAAAGAAGACGUGGAUAGUGGUCCAGACGAUGAAGAGGUUCCAACACGGGGAUACUUGAAACGCCAGGCUAAUCUCAUUGUGGAUGCCAAGAGUCGAAGUAAACGCGGCAAUCGUAGAAGAUGAACUUACAGGGUGCUUCACUCAUAUUGCUCCACUUUCCAUUGGCUCGUGGUGGUUUAUCCAAUUGUUGUUGAAAACCCCGCAGACUUUUAUUUUGUACAGAAACGUGGAAAAACGGUAAUUUUGGCCUUCCCUUGGAAUUCUGUUUCAUAGAGGAGACUGCAUUUUUUUAAUUAAGUACUGUGGGUGAUUUGCAUCAAUUCAAAUAAUGAAUUUGAUUUUAGAAACUUCAUGAAAUAGUUUUUAUUUCUUUUCUGCCCAGCGGAAGUUAACAGAACCUUGGUUCACUCAAUACAUUUGCUUGGAUAUUCCUAGCAAAUUCCUGUCAACCACUGAAACUAAAACUAUUUUGGAAAUCUA